AUACAUACAACUUUCUAUCUCUAUAAAUCUCUCUCUCUCUCUCAACAAAUUUUGUUUCAUAUUAUUAAUUUUAAUUUAAAAUAAGAAUAAGAAUACAACAAUGGCGGUGGAUUGCGUCGGAGUUCAAUCUGUAGAUCAAUUCAAUCGUAUGUUUCAGUUCAAAUCUCAUGAAUUCAACGUUUCUACGGUAAAACGUACAGGUCACGCGCGGUUCCGCCGUGCUCCUUCGCCGUCUUCUUCUGACGGACCUUCAACUUCUUCACAAUCGGAAUAUUUCUCACAAGCGCGUGUUCAUCACGCGACGCCUUCUACACCGGAUAUCUCAAUUUCUAGCCAAUCGGAAGAUAAACUAAAACUACUACAAAACCUAGUUCACGCGCCGUCGGAAACGACGACGUCGUCUGGUUCAACAAACUCGUCUUUGUCUAUGCUAUCAGGUGGAUUAGAAGGAAGCGUAUCCAGCGGAAAACGGUUUUCAUCGUUAGGUAUAGUAGCUCCGGCGCCGGUGUUUUCAUCGCGGAAGCCGCCGCUGCCGUACUCUCACCGGAAAAGAUGUAGCGCUGAUCGUCCGGUUGCGUCCGUACAUAGAUCUCGGAGCGAAUGCCAUUGCUGUAAGCGAAGGAAAACCGGAUCAAAACGUGAAGUAAAAAGAGUUCCGAUCAUCGGAUCUAAAAUCACAAGUAUUCCGGCAGAUAAUUACUCAUGGAAAAAGUACGGUGAAAGAGCUAGUGGAGUAUACUAUAAAUGUAGUACCGGAAAAUCAUGUCCGGCGAGGAAGCGCGUGGCGAUAUCGUCAGACGAUUCGAAGAUGCUAAUUGUAACUUACGCCGGAGAACACUGUCAUCAUCACGCGCCGACGCCUGUUCCGAUGAGUUUGACCGGUGUGUUGGUUUAGUCAAAGUGAACAUAAAUGUGGUCCAUGGUGUCAUCACUUUGAACUAUUUUCUAUGGUCAACAAAUAGUGUUGGAAAAAGACAACUCGUUUUUUAUUCUUUUUUAAUAAUUUAGUUGAGGGGGUAGAUUGUAUAUUAGAGAAAGUUUAAGGGUGUAUAUUGUAAAAGUUUGGAUGCGUCAGAUCUAAACACGAUUUUGUUCGGACUACUUUUUCUUUUGUUAAUUGAUAUAUUAAGUUUAACA